AGCGUUUAUCAUGCCCGGGCGCAAGUGUGCUUCGGACGUCGAAUCGCGCGCACGUUUUGCUUCAAUAAUGAAUUGUUAACUUGUGUUUAUCGUGUUAUCUAUGGAAUGUUUUUGUGACACUGUGUGAGAACAAGAUUCAAAAUUGACUACUUUAAAGGUCCGAGUGUGUUCGCGUGCGCCAUGCGGCUGCGGGCGGCGCAGUGGCGGCGCGCGGCAUGCGUUUGCGCCGCACUACUGGGCACUGCUGCGCUCGCCGCCGCGCUCUCGUGGAACUCCAUCUUCGAAUCUGUUUUCACCUCUCAAGUAGCCCUGAAACCAGAUGCAAGAUCAUUCCGUGAUUGGGUGGCGCCGACAGUACCUCUCUUCUUCGAGGUGUAUCUUUUUAACUGGACCAACCCGGAGAACUUUCCGGAAGAGAUUCCCAAUUUGGAAGAGUUAGGUCCGUACGUAUUCCGGGAGCACCGGCAUCACGUGAACAUCUCUUGGUUUCCGGAGAACGGUACGAUGGCGUACAUGACACAGCGGAGUUGGCAUUACGACGCGGAGGCCAGUAAUGGCACUCUUGAUGACAAUGUUACCAUCAUCAAUGUCAUUGCUGCUUCAGCAAUAUACCGUGCUAAGUAUUGGGGCUACCUUCGUCAGAAGACUUUGUCUAUGGCACUGGCCAUGUUUGGACAGGGCAUAUCAGUCUCCAAAUUGGCUGGGGAGCUCAUGUUUGAAGGGUAUGAUGACCCUCUAAUGGAUAUUGCUAAGAAUCUUCCCGCCAGCACAACAGGAGGUGCACCACCACUGGAUAGAUUUGGACUGUUUUAUGGGAGGAACAAUUCCAUUGACACCGACGGUUACGUUGAAAUAACGACAGGCGAGGUUCCUGGGGUCUUGCCAGGUCAGAUAGUUCGGUGGAAUCAUCUUGACCACCUGCCGUAUUACGAGGGAUCUUGUUCUAAGAUGGCUGGUAGUGCGGGUGAGUUUAUGCCCCACAACCUGACUGAAGAGUCCCAACUCGAAAUCUUCAUGGGAGAUUUAUGUCGUACUGUGUACUUCGACUAUUCUGAGACAAGUACCAGUCUGGGGCUCACCUACCAUAAGUAUGAGCUGACUGAAUCCAGCUUUGAUUUUUCACCGUCAACUCCUGACCAUACCUGUUUCUGUGACGAGGAGUGUGGCUGGCGCGGCGUGAUGAAUGUCUCCGCAUGUCGGUAUGGAGCACCCGCCUUCCUUUCUCUACCACACUUCCUACAUGGGGACCAGGAGCUUCGGGACAAGGUCCAGGGACUCAAUCCUGACCCUAAGAAACAUUCCUUCUACUUUGGCGUUGAACCGAAACUGGGUGUUCCGGUCGACGUGUCGGCGAGGUUUCAGUUCAACGUAUACAUAGAACCUACACCUAAUAUUGCGAUGUUCGAAUCGGCUCCACGGAUGCUGUUCCCCGUAUUCUGGGUUCAGCAGAAAGUGAUGAUAGAUAACAAAAUCGCAUCGGAAUUGCGAAUGGUGCGCGCUGUAUCGGAUUGGGGCGCCACAAUAUGCGCGUGCGUCGCCCUAACAUUCGCGGGGAUCAUAACACUUGCCUCGUGCUGUAAGAAAUCUCAAUUAAAGAAACCAAAAGAUAUUAUAGUGACGUUGGAGAGGCCGAGGGACGAAGCCGAAAUGAAGUUGAAUCCUAGUGAGAAGCAGUGAGUUGUGAUAUUAAAAUUGAACGCACGCGGCGGUCGAGAUUGCGCAAGACGAAGGAAAGGUCGCUCUUAAGGGAUAGGCGCACGAGAUCGCGGUUUUACAUGCCAUCCCAGGAGAAAGUACACUAUAUGUUAACUAUAUUUAACUAAUUUUAAUAAUAUGUAAAUAUUUUUCGUCCUUAGUGAUAGAUGAAACGAAUAAGUAAAUUUUUAGGUUAAUAGUAAACUAUUUCGUAUAUACGUACACCGAUUGUAGCAUUUUUCAUAGUUUUAUAAAAUUCGAAAUGAAGAUUUUUAUUAUUUUUUAUAAGUGAUAAUUUAAAUACAUGCGUAUAAAGUGGGCCAUAGACGGAUCGCAUGUUGCAGUCAAGACCGACUGCAAUAUGCGGUCGCCGCACGGCGAUCUGCAGUUUCCAUACUAAAUUCAUAUCCGCAAUACACGGACCGCUCGAGCGCCUGAGCAAACCGCAUAUUGCAGUCGGUCUUGACUGCAACAUGCGGGCCGUCUAUGGCCUGCUUAAUGCAUUGAUUUUGCUUGUAUUACAUUGUUUCUAUCACCACAAUGUAUUAUUUCCACAAGAUUUUUAAGAUUAAGGAUUUGGUAAGCCAGUUCAAUAUCGUUGAGAAAUAUAGACAUAUUCAGCACAGGUAUUCUAUAACUUGCAAUAUCAACGGUUGUCUUUACGUAAUAGCGCUGAUUUCCUUGGGAUCGCGCCGUACAAAAACUCAAUAUAAAAUCGGGAUCGCAAUCGCUAUCGCUACUGAAAAAAGGCGCAGCCCAGUUUGUAAAGUUUUGUCAUAAUAUUGCUGUUAAUAGAGAGUUAUCUUAUAGAUACUGAAACUUUUAUUCACCCUUAAGGAGCCCAACUAUAGCGUAUAAAUAUAACAGUUAUAUUUAAUAAUUAAACCUGUAUAUUGUAUAAUGUGUUUAUAUGAUAAUUUCCGUGAUUUCGUGUGGAUACAGGAAAGUAGAUAAAAUUCUACACGUAACAUACUUUACGAUAAUUGUCAUUUAGAUGAGAUUAUUAUAGAUAUGAACAAAAAUUCUAACAAUUGUAUUUCCUAUUUUCUAUGCUGUUGUAUGGCCUAGAAAAAGAUGUAUGUUGUAUUUAUAGACGUAGACAUAUGACCGCUCUCUAUGUAUUUUUUUGACAAAUGUCAUACAGGGUUUAAAUGCAUUCCAUAACAAUGAUGUGAUGUUGAUAUUAAAUGAAUUGUUCUAAG